AUGGCGUAUGUGAUCAAGGCACUGUCCUCCCCUGGAUCCAGGAAACCGGUCACCAGGGCUGCCACGACUCAAAUAGUGGCACGAGCGGGCACUCAAUCACCAGAGAACGAACUGGGCCUGCAGGUGGAUGGUGUCUCAAGGGUCAGCACCCACGAUGCCCUCGACGGAGAAAAGCCUCGACUCCUAGACCGAUAUCUCGACGCUGUUGUCACUGCUUCCGGAUCUUCCCUGGCUCUUCUGACUACCGCAUGUCUAAUCCUUCUGUGGGCAUUCAUGGGAAUCCGUUAUGGGCAUUCGGAGGACUGGCAAGUGGUUAUAUCCGACGUGCAGGCCGUCUUCUGUUAUAUCUUUGACUCCCUUCUGGUCAGGCAGCAGCUCAACUCCUAUGACAGAAGCAUCAGAAUCUCGGUAACCUUGGUUUCGCGAUCUGGUAGCGUCAGGCGCAUGCUGAGACAGGUCGCAAAUUGCGAGUUGGGCACCGGCAUCUCUACCAGGGACAUGGCCCGAGACCCCCAAAUCCAAUCCGAGUGGUCGGCCGGCCAUAACCAGGAGGAUUGGAUCAGUCGGACCAUUUCCUUCGUCGGCCGAUUAUUUGGCCAUGUGGUGACGUUGAUAUUGUUCUGGAUUGGAAUCUUCGUCUGGCUUGCGUUCGGCGACUACUGCCACUGGGAUGUGCAUUGGCAACUGUACAUCAAUUCCGCGACGUCUGCUUUGAUGAUGCUCUGCUUCGCCCUUAUAGCCUGCACCAGAGAGCAGACCCGGGCGAGGACCGCCGCGUAUCUCAAUCGCAUCUGCGACCUCGAUGUGUCGAUCGAGCGUCGGCUUCGGCAAAUAACCCAAGACACAAUCGCCCACGACGAGGCCACCAUCUACCCGCAAAAGGUCAACCGUCUUCAACGAGCAAUCUCCUACUACGCCGAUCUUGUGGGCACGCUGGUGGGGAUUGCCUUGCUCACAUCGAUAAUGGCCAUUUGGAUCGCAAUAGGGCCGAGUCUACACUUCAGCUCCAACUGGUGGCUCAUCAUCGGGACCUACGCCGGCUUGAUUGGUAUGCAUGAUGGCUUCGUCCUUCACAACAUACAACUGCAGCUCAACCGACACGAAGAUUCGGUCAUGGCUGAUCUUGUGAAUGAAGAUUCCGGCAACCUCGCCGUCGCUGGCCUCACCAAGGACUCUCCUGCUCCCAGUGCCAGUGCCAUUGCCACACCCAAGCCAAAAUCAAGCAUUACACAAUCGUUGUCCUGCCGGCUGUCUUCUAUUUGUGCGCACGAAUACUCUGUCAUCUUCGGCAUCAUUGUGAUUGUCGGCCUGAUUAUUGCUGCUACGGCAUUAAACUGGUCCGUCACAGGCCAGCUCCUGUGCAACAUACCUCCCAGCAUCAUCGAGACUUUCGUCAUGAUGGCCCUCAUCACGAGCAACGAGUUGGAUGACAAGAGACAGUACGAUCGUCUAGGGGAGCUUGUGGCAGCCAGAGAGAUGCUGGCCACCUGGCUUGACGGAAUCGAAGUAGCUGGGGACCUGGAACCCGAACAGCUGGCGCAAGUUUUGAAGACCGCGUGA